AGAGCCGCAGAGAGCGCCGGGAGCUAAGGGGCGGUGGCGACCGGAAGCGCAGUGCAAGCCCCCAUGGCCGGGGCUCGGGUCCCGCUCUGGGCCAUAUGCAUGCUGCGAGUGGCGCUGGCUACGGUCUAUUUCCAAGAGGAAUUUCUAGACGGAGAGCAUUGGAGAAACCGAUGGGUGCAGUCCACCAAUGACUCCCGAUUUGGGCAUUUUAGACUUUCGUCGGGGAAGUUUUAUGGUCAUAAAGAGAAAGAUAAAGGUCUGCAGACCACUCAGAAUGGCCGAUUCUAUGCCAUCUCUGCACGCUUCAAACCAUUCAGCAAUAAAGGGAAAACUCUGGUCAUUCAGUACACAGUAAAACAUGAGCAGAAGAUGGACUGUGGAGGGGGCUACAUUAAGGUCUUUCCUGCAGAUGUUGACCAGAAGAACCUGAAUGGAAAAUCGCAGUACUAUAUUAUGUUUGGACCCGAUAUUUGUGGAUUUGAUAUCAAGAAAGUUCAUGUUAUUUUACAUUUCAAGAAUCAGUAUCAUGAAAACAAGAAACUGAUCAGGUGUAAGGUUGAUGGCUUCACACACCUCUACACUCUAAUUUUAAGACCAGAUCUUUCUUAUGACGUGAAAAUUGAUGGUCAGUCAAUUGAAUCUGGCAGCAUAGAGUACGACUGGAACUUAACAUCACUGAAGAAGGAAACAUCCCCGGCAGAAUCGAAGGAUUGGGAACAGACUAAAGACAGCAAAGCCCAGGACUGGGAGAAGCAUUUUCUGGACGCCAGUGCCAGCAAGCAGAGCGACUGGAAUGGUGAACUAGAUGGGGACUGGCCGGCGCCAAUGCUCCAGAAGCCCCCGUACCAGGAUGGCCUGAGACCAGAAGGUAUUGAUAAAGACAUCUGGCUCCACCAUAAAAUGAAGAAUACCAACUAUUUGACACAGUAUGACCUCUCGGAAUUUGAGAACAUUGGUGCCAUCGGCCUGGAGCUUUGGCAGGUGAGAUCUGGAACUAUUUUUGAUAACUUUCUGAUCACAGAUGAUGAAGAGUAUGCAGAUAAUUUUGGCAAGGCCACCUGGGGCGAAACCAAGGGUCCAGAAAGGGAGAUGGAUGCCAUACAGGCCAAGGAGGAAAUGAAGAAGGCCCGUGAGGAAGAGGAGGAAGAGCUGCUAUCUGGAAAAAUGAACAGGCGCGAACAUUACUUCAAUCGAUUUCACAGAAGGAAUGAACUUUAGUCAUCCCCAUUGGAUACAAGGAUGACUGGUAAAACCUCAUUGCUACUUUAAUCUA